GUGAUGUACUUCAGCUCUCUCUUCCCCUACGUGGUGUUGAUCUGUUUCCUCGUCAGAGGCCUGAUGCUCAAAGGAUCUGUUGACGGCAUCGCUCACAUGUUCACCCCAAAGUUGGAGAAGAUGCUGGAGCCCCAGGUAUGGAGGGAGGCAGCCACCCAGGUGUUCUUCGCCCUGGGGUUAGGGUUCGGAGGGGUCAUAGCCUUCUCCAGCUACAACAAGCGGGACAACAACUGCCACUUUGACGCAGCGCUGGUCUCCAUCAUCAACUUCAUCACCUCCAUCCUGGCUACGCUGGUGGUGUUCGCCGUGCUGGGGUUCAAGGCCAACAUCAUGAACGAGAAAUGUGUUGUGGAGAAUGCUGAGAAGAUCCUAGGUUACCUGAACACAGGUGUGUUGAGCCAUGAUCUGAUCCCUCCCCAUGUCAACUUCUCUCACCUGUCAGCUGUUGACUAUCAGGAGAUGUAUGGAGUGAUCAAGACUGUGAAGGAGGACAGCUUCGAUCAGCUGGGACUGGACCCCUGUGUCCUGGAGGACGAACUCAACAAGGCAGUGCAGGGAACAGGCCUGGCCUUCAUUGCCUUCACUGAGGCCAUGACCCACUUCCCUGCCUCUCCGUUCUGGUCCGUCAUGUUCUUCUUCAUGCUGAUUAACCUGGGGCUGGGGUCCAUGAUCGGCACCAUGACAGGGAUCACCACACCUGUACUGGACGCCUUCCCCAAGAUACGCAAGGAGUUCCUCUGUGUUGGUUGUUGCAUUGUGGCGUUCUUCUGCGGCCUGCUGUUUGUCCAGCGCUCCGGGAACUACUUUGUAACCAUGUUUGAUGACUACUCCGCCGGCCUGCCGCUCACUGUGGUGGUCAUACUGGAGAAUAUAUCUGUGGCCUGGAUCUACGGCACCAAGAGGUUCAUGCAGGACCUAGAGGACAUGUUGGGUUUCAGACCCUACUCUUUCUAUUUCUAUAUGUGGAAGUACGUGUCUCCUGCCUGUCUCACCGUGCUCAUCGUGGCCACUGUGAUAGAGAUGGCCGUCAGUCCUGCUGGGUACAACGCCUGGGUGGAGGAACUGGCAUCGGAGAAAUUCCUCUCCUACCCUCCGUGGGCUCUGGGCGUGGCCUACUCCCUCAUCAUCGCCGCCAUGCUUCCUCUCCCCUGCGUCUUCAUCGCCCGCCACUUCAACCUGCUCUCUGACGGCUCCAACAAGCUGUCCGUCUCCUACCGUAAAGGCAUGACCAAGGACCUCUCUGGCCUAGAGGAGGAGAACGAGUCCCGCUUCAUCCUCAGUAAAGGCACCCCCAGCCCCAGCCCCAACCCUUCGCCCAUGCCCUCUCACCGCCCCUACCUGGGGCCCGGCGGAGCCCAGGAGAUGACCAACACGGCUGGAUAUGGUACCGGGACACCGACCAAGACGGGUUAUCAGAAUAUUAAUUCGCCAGAGUCCGAACUAUGAUCGAUCUGAUGAAUGAAGCACAAGAAACCCUAUCUAAUCAAACACAACACAACACAACCCCUCCAGAGAGAGAGAGAGAGAGAAAGAGCACUCUCUCUACUGUUCACCUAGAUGUAAAGCACAGCCCCCCACCUCUCUCUACUGUUCACCUAUCGGUAAAGCACAGCCCCCCACCUCCCUCUACUGUUCACCUAGAUGUAAAGCACAGCCCCCCACCUCUCUCUACUGUUCACCUAGAUGUAAAGCACAGCCCCCCCCCUCUACUGUUCACCUAGCUGUAAAGCACAACCCUCCGCACUCCCCAUACCAUAGAGCAUCUCUGAGCCUUAACACACUUUCAUUCUAAUCUAAAACAACCUCCCCACAUCGCCCCCUAAUCCAAACAAAACCAUGGCCCUAACAAGCCCAGCAGAGCCACUACCAAUGAUGAUGUCAGUCCUCGUCCUACAUCACUCAGAGGCACAGAGGAAGAAGGAGGCCCCCAUUUUAAUUCAGUCUUAGAAGGCAGGCAGGGGGUGAUUCAUCUGAGCACAGAUAAACCAAGCAGCUAGCAUUUUGAUCAUCAGGCAGCGUGUGUGUGUAUGUUUGUCGUAGUGCAUACGUGAAUGUGCGUGCUCCCCAGCCAGCCCAGGUGACCCCAGUAUUAUAAAUAGAACUGUGAUACCCAGGGGAAGCUUGUCACAGACGUUGGCAACCGGCCCCGGCAACGUAGUGCCAUGGUGAUGAAUCCUCCUGUGAUGUCAUGGAGGAGGGCACACACACACGAGGGCACGUUGAUGCGCUUUGUCAACCAGCUGUUACCAAGCCGGGUUGUGUUCAUUAGAGAGAAAACGUUUAGAAGCAGAGUGAAACCAGCUGUUAUCAAGCCGGGUUGUGUUCAUUAGAGAGAAAACGUUUAGAAGCAGAGUGAAACCAACUGUUAUCAGGCUGGGUUGCGUU